AACUCGACUCGACACUCGCAAGCCAAGCAGAUGGCCAUGAGGGCGCGCGGCCUUGCCUUGCUGGCUUUCGUUACCAUGGUGUGCAGACCCUGCUUCGUCUCGGAGCUGCCCAGGCGGUCUUUGGCUGCCGCCGCGGCGGCGGGCUCCGUGGCGCUGGCGCUGCUGAAGGUGCCAGGGCCUGCGCCGGCGAGUGCUUUGGUGACCAAGAAGCCUCCGAAGCCUGUGGUGGCGCAGGACAAGAGCUUUCAGCCGGUGGAGGUGGCGAGCUGGGCCCAGGCCUCCAAGGGCCAGCCGGACCUGGUGCUGGGCCUACGAGGAGAUCCGUACUUCCUCCUUCCUGGCAAGGACGGCGGCGCGCUCCGGAACUUUGCGCUGCGUGCGGAGUGCACCCAUUUAGGCUGCCUGGCCAACUGGAACCGGGUGGUGAACAAGUUCGUGUGCCCUUGCCAUGGCUCGGAGUACGACGACCAGGGCAAGGUGCUGAAAGGGCCGGCGCCGCAGAGCCUGGCGCUGGCGCACGUGGAGCUCACGGAGACCCAGAAGGUCCGCCUGGUGGCGUGGACGGAAGAGGACUUCCGCGACGGCUCCGAGCCUUGGUGGGCUGCCUGAGCUCUCCGUUCCAACCGAGAAGUUUCUCGGUCCGUUUCGAAACGAGGUGAUCGAAUCAUGGCGAUUCGUUCGAAAAGGAGACACGGUUCCCUUGCGGCUUUGAAGUAGAAGC